AUGGAAAUUGAUAAGGAAACUGAUAAGGAAUCUGUUUCCUUGGCUUUAGAGAUGUUGAAUGAUUAUACAACAGAAGAUCGAAUGCAUGCAAUUAAACCCUUCUCGAGUGUCAUUCGGAAAUUGUGUUGGAUUGAAGAUGUUGAAAGGGCAAAAAGAUUGCUCCACGAGAUGAUUGAUGUGGGUCCACCUCCUGGUAAUGCCAUCUUCAAUACAGUCAUCAGCGGGCUUGCAAAAGUCGGGGACAUGGAUGAAGCUAUGAAAAUAAUGAGACUGAUGGAGAGCAGAGGUUUGAAACCUGAUGUAUACACUUACAGUGUCGUUAUGAGUGGUUAUGCCAAGGGCAGUGCAAUGGAGGAAGCAUGCAAGAUUUUCGAAGAAGCCAAAAAGAAGCACUCUAAGCUGAGUCCUGUUACUUAUCAUACACUCAUUCGUGGGUUCUGCAAGCUUGAACAAUAUGAUGUGGCUGUGAAUUUGUUGCAGGAGAUGAAGGACUAUGGAGUUCACCCGAAUCAUGAUGAGUACAAUAAGCUCAUUAAAUCUCUUUGCUUGAAGGCUUUAGAUUGGGAAACAGCGGAGAAGUUACGAGAAGAGAUGAAAGAGAAUGACUUGACUCUCAAUGGUAGAACAACUGCUCUUAUAAAUGCAGUGAAGGAAUUACAAGAAGAAGGGACAAGCCUAGAAGUAACUGCUGCAGCCUGA